AUGGCAAGCCUCUAUCCAGCGCAAAUCCGACGAAGCCUCCCCCCAAUUCCCACCCCCGCCAUGGCCCUCCAACCCUGCCGCUCCGGCCUCGCGCGGAGCAGACAAGCCGCCCGCUCCCUCAUGCCCUGCCUUCGCACCUACGCCACCGACUCGACGACCACAACCCCGGAAUCGUUCAAGACGCCCGCCGCCGGAGCACAGAAGCCAGUCCCGAGAUGGAGCCAGACGCCCGUUGGGAUGAAGGCACCCGUGCAGCUCGACUUUGCAAAGAAUCCCCACAACAAGGUCUGGACCGUCAACAAUGACCCCAGGAAGCUGGACGAGGUGUACGAGCGCCUGCUGGGACAGGGCGGUAGCAAGCUUCUGCCCGAGGAGCUCAAGUGGCUCGCCGUCACGCACAAGAGUUUCGACCAGGGAAGGAGAGGGUUCAACGACCGAUUGGCGCUGCUGGGCCGGAUGACCUUGAUCAUGGAGACCACCAAGUCGAUUGUGGCCAAGGACCCCAUUCCCGGGUCGGUUGUUCCCGACGAGUUCGAGCGCACACCGUUUGAGCACCCCCAGCUACAGUCGCUAGACAACUUGACCAUGGAGGGACCGAGAGAUGUUGCCGGCAAGGACAAGUUGUACCACCUGGCGGCACAGGUGGGCUUGAUUGACGUUGUGCGGUGGAAGCCUCGAUUGGUGCGAAAACUCAAGGCCUCGGGUCUCGAGGUGGUGCUCAACGGAGCCAUCAUGGCCAUCAUCGGGGCCAUCACGCUACAGCACGGGGCCGUGGUGGCGUCACAGGUUGUCAGGGAGCGGAUAUUGGCCAGGCUGCCAAAGGAUUGA